AGAACAGAGGAGACGGACGGAAGAGAGCUUGGCCGCCCGCGCACACAACCGCGACGUUUCCCGACCCCUCACUCCACCGCCACCUACUCGGCCGGCGCUGCUGCCGAGCCGCGCCUCCUUUUUCUUCUUCUUCCCCUACCUGUCACACCCUACUCAUAUAACGACUCCCUACGGUCCAGGAAGCCAAUCGCGAGCUAGACAACCAGAAGCGCGACCGGACGAGCUCGCUGCGACUGCCAGACGCCAUACACACUUGCGUACCGAGCUUCCAAAUCUGGUCAUCCACCGGGACCCGGCAGAGAGGCGUGCAAGAUUCCUUCCUCGCCGGGGGAGCUCGAUCCAGAUUCUGCGCAGAGUAGGCAGCUCUUCUUAUUGGUCCCGAUUCGCCUGCUGCUUUCUGGUGCGCCGGUGAAGAGAGCGAGAGCAAUCGAGCAAACAUGGCGGCGGCCACUUCUGCCUCUACCAUGUCCCUGCUCCCGAUCUCCCAGCUGAAGCAGCAGAAGCAGCACGGCGCCGUGGUCGUGUUCCGGCGGCGGCCCCGGGACGCGCGGCGGAGGCGAUACGUCGUGCCGACGGCGAGGCUGUUCGGGCCGGCGAUCUUCGAGGCGUCGAAGCUGAAGGUGCUGUUCCUGGGCGUGGACGAGGAGAGCGGCAGGCAGCAGGGCCAGGGGAAGCAGCCGCCGGUGCUGCCGCGGACGUACACGCUGACGCACAGCGACGUGACAGCGAGCCUGACGCUGGCCGUCUCCCACACCAUCAACCGCGCGCAGCUGCAGGGGUGGUACAACCGGCUGCAGCGCGACGAGGUGGUGGCGGAGUGGAAGAAGGUGCGCGGCCGGAUGUCGCUGCACGUCCACUGCCACAUCUCCGGCGGCCACUUCCUGCUAGACCUCAUCGCCGGCCUCCGCUACUACAUCUUCCGCAAGGAGCUCCCCGUGGUCCUGAAGGCGUUCGUGCACGGCGACGGCAACCUGUUCAGCCGGCACCCGGAGCUGGAGGAGGCCACGGUGUGGGUCUACUUCCACUCCAACCUGCCGCGCUUCAACCGCGUCGAGUGCUGGGGCCCGCUACGCGACGCCGCCGCGCCCGCCGGGGACGACGGCUCCCCCGCCGCCGAGGCGGGCCAGGCGACGACGAUGAUGCCCGUGGGCGAGUGGCCGCACCGGUGCCCCCAGCAGUGCGACUGCUGCUUCCCGCCGCACAGCCUCAUCCCCUGGCCGAACGAGCACGACAUGGCCGCCGACGCCCCCGCCGCCGGGCAGGCCCAGCAGCAGUGAGGCCGCGAAUGAGGUGUGAAGAUGCGUCUCAAGUCUGGAACCGGGAGGAGAAGUCGUUGCGAGUUUGGUGAUUAUCGAGUGUACAGGAAAUGGACACCGACACCGGCGAGCCCGUGGCAGGAGUCUGGGCUCUGGAGUACUAACCGGUAGCUUUCGCGUCUGCGUGCCGGCUCCAUGUUGCAAGGCGGUUUUGGGCGGUAGAUCGUCAUGGUCUUGCCUUUGCCUGAUCGCGUCAUUGCUGGAAUCGGCAACUCUGUCGGGAGCCGUCGAUUCGCUUGAUUGGUGCGUACGUGCUCUGCAUCGGAGCAGGGAAUCACCGGAACCCCGCCAUGCCCGACGAAAGAAAAAUAGAACCAAAGAUAUAAAGAAAUAAAGAAAGACUACAGUGUACAAAGCACAACGCGUGCAGUCAUCAAGUGGCCAGUAUUCCUACUACACUGUCAUCUAUCUUCUCAUCGGGGAUGUGUUUAUGCCCACUUCUGACGAUUGACUGAUAGAUGAAACCGAGACAGGGCAUGUGAGGGUUUGCAUGAUGUUAAUUUUUGGGAGAGGGUGUUUUUCUUUUUGAUA